UAUACUUUGGUCGACGACGACGAAGGCACAAAACAGAGGCGAAGAAAAUCAAAGGGAAAAGUGAAGGCUGUGCGAGUGCGAGAAGAAAAACUAGGUGGUUGCUUGCUGGCUGCUGGCACAAAAGUUUUCCUUUCGACUUUUUCCGUCGCGUCGCGAAAAUCUAACGGGAACAGUGUCAUCGUAUCGGGGUGUCGUCAUCACGGGGAAAUGUUUUCGGUUCGCAACGGAUUGUCGGAGGCCAACACCAGCUUCUCAUCCUGAUGAUUCGCGGUUCGAAACGGGGAAAAGUCGUCGUACGUAAAGCUCCUUCUGCCAAGCCCGAACGGAGCGAAUCUGUGAGCAUUGUUUUGGGGAAAGCAGAAAAGAAUAAUAAUCGGUUGCUGGUUGAUGAGUGUUUUGUCCUCGGCGGAUGAAGAGUCGUGAAAAGGCCACGAGAAAGUGCUGUAAGUGGCUGGUGUUGGAGUAGGUCCUUCCUCUUCCGAUUAUUCUGUGCCGUGAAAGAUUGUACGUAUUUGGUGGUGUUUGUGUUCCGGAGAUCACUCCGAGAGAGUCUUGAGGAAGAGGAAGGGAGUUUUGUUUAGAUAGUCGAAUAGAAUGCGGACAUUGAACGGGUUCUGGUGCUUCCUGCUGCAGUAUGUGGCCCUGUCGGUGGUUUUGUCCGGCUGCGUAGCCACAGCGGACAAUAUUCCGUCCGUUCCGACGCAUAAUAUGUCACACAAGGAGCGGAAUGAGCUGAAGGAAGAAGCCAGGGAAAUGUUCUAUCAUGCCUACCGGGCGUACAUGGAGAAGGCCUAUCCGGCGGAUGAAUUGAUGCCCCUGAGCUGCACCGGAAGGUACCGAGGAAUAACGCCAUCUCGAGGGGAUCUGGAUGAUGUUCUGGGCAAGUAAGUCGAAGUUCCAUAAAAUCCCACAUCAAAAUAGUAAAAUAGAGGAAAAAAUAAGCUCAAUUCUGUUACCUAUUAUUGCUCAUUUACGACUUGCUACGUGUUCGUUUCUGAUAAGACAAACGACAAGAAAAUAAAAAGUAAACAGAUCUUUUGUACAAGGGUGUUGGUAAAUAGAGCUAACAAUACGACGAUUCAUGCAAUUCGUUCA